AGCUCUGCCUGUCAUGUGGACGGGUCCCUCAGCAACUCAACUGCCAUGAAGCACACUCUGCUGUCUGGCUCCAGACAGGGAAUCUCAGAGCUGCAGUCCGAAGCUGUCCUGCUUGUUGGUCCUGCUGGUCCCUGCAUAAGCCAUGAAGCCAUGAAUAUUUCCUGGCACUUGGGAGGCAGGAGGGGCAGGAAACUGCCUUGCCCGCCUGGCUCAGCGCGGUUUCCAGUACCUUGCGACAGAAAGUGGCCGGGGCGAGUUGAACCCUGAAGCUCCGUCGAGCUCCGUAUGAGCAGCGCUUGAGUCCGGACCUGAUGCUGGCCUGGCAACAAGAGCACUCAAAAGGAGAAAUCCUGUGGGGGACGAUCCGCACCACCAAGGCCUUCCUUCCUCUCAUCCGCAGAUCCAAAGGCCGUGUUGUGAACAUCAGCAGCAUGAUGGGGCGGAUGGCGAACCCUGCGCGCUCCCCCUACUGCAUCACUAAGUUUGGGGUGGAAGCCUUUUCUGACUGCCUGCGCUAUGAGAUGCGCCCCCACGACGUGAAGGUCUGCAUUGUGGAGCCCGGGAACUUCAUUGCCGGCACCAGCCUGUACAGCCCCGAUCGCAUUAAGGCCAUCGCCGAUAAGAUGUGGGACGAGCUGCCCGAAAUCGUGCGCCGCGAUUAUGGCCGGAAGUACUUUGACGAGCAGAUUGCCAAGAUGGAGUCAUACUGCAGCAGCGGCUCCUCCGACACGUCUCCUGUGAUCGACAGCAUCGCUCACGCCCUGACCUAGAGAAAUCCUAAUAAAAUUAUU